GGGGUCUGUCUGUCGCUCGUUUCCAAGGGUUUUUGGCAGCUUGGAAUGAGGAGGGGGGCACAAGUGUUUAGCUUUUGCUACUUCGUAGUGGAGGGUACCGUGCUGACGGCUGUUGAUUGCUGCAACUCAUCGCAGCUGGCUGCAGUUGCAUUUGUACCGCUACCUUGGGGCGCAGAGCCGUUGAAAUUGUAUUUGGCCCCAUUCAUGUCAUGUCGACCUGAUGAACGUUCCAUCAUCGACAUCAAUCCAUCCAACCAGCCAUUCAAUACCUCAAUACCAACUGCGCUGUGCAUGUACCGUAGCAGUAGGGCGCUAGAACGAUGCAGUUCCACAGCUCACUAACAGCGCUGCACUACCUGUAGUGCCCUGUAGUGCCUUUGCCAUCAAUCAAAUCGCACCCGUAGCCGGUACCUGGGCAGCACGACGCCGCACCGUUGUCACACUGGCGCGCCCCACUCCGGCACGCGCAGACAGAACAGACAGAGCCAGC